AUGGUCGGCCUAUGGCUCGUUCCUUUUGCUGUGCCUCUCAGCGAUGGCUAUUUUGUUCAGGUGCCAGGGGAAAGCAAUGAAAGCUUGGCCCAGGGCCGCUGGCCGGGAGCAGCAGCAGAUGCCUGUUUGGCUUGGGCUGAAGGUGAACCAGGCUAUGAGCUGCGACGAAUCACCACCAGGAGGGCCAAAUUCUUCCCGGAGGCGCGAAAGGAACUCCUGCGGAAGGCUUCGAGUUGGACGGUUCUGCCGGACUGUCCAGCAACCAGCUGGACAAUACGUUUGCUGAACGCAUCUGUAUUUGCAGAUCGAAAUUCCGAAGGAGAAGUGGAAUUGGCAGAUGUUAUCCAGGAAAUCCUGUCGUCAGGCGAAACAACCAUGCUACAAACUGUGUCUUCCCGUUUGGCUUUAUUUGGUUUACUUGGCCAUGCCGGGCGAAGGAAACGUUCCUUCCGCGGCAUGGGAGCUUUGUCCCCUGUGAUUUGGGACGUCUUCACAGAGUUGCCGCAUUGGUCGUUGCUGCAACGACAGCUGUGGGCUUCCAUCCGCUCACGUCGGCCCUUGCCGUUGGGUCCGGCCAUCCUGGAAUUGUCCGGUGCAGGUAGCGAUCCGCUGCUGCAGGCUGUUUUGUUGCUGACUUCCGCGCAGGAGAUUCGGUUGCGCUCCGGCGACAUUUUAUCAGCCAGCAGCAUUUUGGGGGAGGUCUCAUUGUUGGUGAGCCGCGCAGCAGGAGUCUUGGAGCAGUGGGUCACAGAUGUGAAUAAGGCAGAGAUGGUAAGGGGACUUCGAGAUUGGCCGGUGGUGCAAUUGCUGGCAGACUUGGAGGUCUCCGAUCUGGCUGAACUGCAAGCCAUGGGACGGGACGUCCAAACUCUUCAACAAGUUCGAUUUUUGCCUUCGCCAGAUGUGGUUCCGAGCCUGGUGCUUCCGUACCGAGAACCCCUCAGUGAUCAUGAUCGAGACAUUGGGCGGUUCCAUUGCACCACUGACUUUUUCGCAGAGGUGGAGUACUGGAUACGCGAGAGUUUGCCAGGAGAUCGAAUGGUGGCAGUGGAGGUGGCAUGUUGGCUUCCAGACUGCUUGGUGUGGGCCGGCCAUCGUCUGGGCGGUCGCAUUUCAGCUGCUUGCCUGGAGGCCGAUGAUCUUGCUGCGACAGCAGGGCGCCGGUCCAUCAAGCUCAAUGGCUUUGAGGGACAGGUUCAUAUGCUUCAACGCAGAGUGACCAGUUCACCAUCAUCGGUCCGGUGGCACUGCAGGGACCAUGAUGAUAUGAGCCACGAGGACAACAUUGAAGACAAUGUACAUCUUUCCAACGAUCGCAGAUGUGGCUUUCAAAAGACAGACGGCGACAACGGCGUGGUGGAUCAUUUGGCCACCAGCAUCGAUCAUGAAGUGGAACGACUUGGCUUUGAUCACAUCGACAUUCUGAAGCUCUCGAUCUCAUCCAUGGAUAUUUUGAGGAGUGCCUGGAAAGCUUUGAGAAGGACCAGCAGGGUCUUGUUGGCCACAGAGCCUCGACAGACCAUGAUGCAGGUGGAAUUCCUGAAGACUGCGGGCUUUCAGGAGAUUCAAGUUCCAAUGCCCGAGAAGUUUGCAGCUCGAGACCAUUUGGAGAGGAUGUGGGGCGUGUGGGACGACAUAGAGGAGAAACUGGGGCCCGAAGUGCGCGUACAGGAUCUGGCAUUGGUGCGGACGAUCAUUGGUGAGGGCCAUAGUGAGCGGGGCCAUGUUGUGGUCUCGUCAUACGUUCGAGCAAAUGCUCUUGUGGUAUUUGAAGAACAAGCCAGCCGGGCCCUAAAAGUGGGGAAAUCACCCUUGUUUGGUGCCAUGAUGCCACGAUCGAUGGACGACAAAGCCGGCAAAGCACCGGCAGGCCAGACCAACAAUGAAUCCAAACUCAAGGUUUGUCCGCUGCCAAGCUGA